ACAUUAUAUGUCAAAAGGAAGCAAAUUGUUUCGAAGAAACUUCAAGAAACGUGUUAAAAAAAUAAAAAAUAAAUAUGAGUAUUCAGAAUUAAGAAUUAAAAUAAAAAAAUCGUGAUAAUGGCUCGCCAUCGUAAUGUAAGAAACCGUAACUAUUCUGAUGACUACGAUUACGAUGAUGUUUAUGGGCACUCUGUUGAGGAGGACAGCUGUUUAUCACCAAGUGAUACAGCACAAUGGAUGUAUGAUCGUUCUCGAAAUCAGCAGGCUAUAUCGAACUUUUUAGAUAACCAUAAUGAUAUUCAAGAGGAGGCUGAAGAAUUGCCAGAACCUUCAGUUCGAACAUUAGAUCGUCGGGAAUCUAUAGAUUUACGUGGCCUUAAUUUGAAAGAAGAAGAUGAAGCUAAACUUAUGUCCUGUCUUGAUGAAUUGCGCAAUGUUUUAGGUGACACAAUUCCGGAAAAUAUAUUAGUACAAUCAGUGCUUACUCAUAAAUUUAAUUAUAAUAAAGCAUUGGAUGAAAUAUUGAACAAUAAAAGUAAAGAUGAAGGCAAAUGUAAGCCACAGCCGGCAAUACAAGUCCCAACAGUUCUUAUUGAGCCCAUUAAGGCACCAAUAGUAACAACAGGAGAUAAAACACCCAAGGUAAUUGCUACAAAAAUAGAACCAAACAAAGUGGCUGUGAUUAAAGGCUUCAAAAUCGAAGAUGAAAAUACUAAAAGUUGUCCGCAAACACCAAGAGAUCAAUCGCCAGCUAACAGAGAAAGAACACCUUCAAGGCUUGAACAAGCAGAUGAAAAUAAAGUUAUUAUAAAAAUAAAAGAAAACAAAAGUGAUCCAAAUACACAAUUUCUUAAUGAAAGAGGAUCUGACAAAGAUCAUUUGUAUAUUGUUGUCAUAGGUCAUGUUGAUGCUGGGAAGUCUACAUUGAUGGGUCGAAUAUUAUGUGAAUUAGGUGAAGUUAGUCAAAGGACAUUACAUAAGUAUGAACAAGAGAGUAAGAAAAUUGGAAAACAAAGCUUUAUGUAUGCCUGGGUACUGGAUGAAACUGGAGAAGAGAGGGUAAGAGGAAUUACUAUGGAUAUAGGGAGGGCCCAGUUUGAGACUAAAACAAAGAAAGUAAUCAUCUUAGAUGCACCAGGACAUGCUGAUUUCAUUCCUAACAUGAUUACAGGUGCAGGUCAAGCUGAUGUUGCACUUUUGGUUGUGGAUGCAACCCGAGGAGAAUUUGAAUCAGGUUUUGAACUUGGUGGACAAACUCGAGAGCAUGCCCUACUUGUUAGAUCCCUAGGAGUAAACCAGCUUGCUGUUGCGGUAAAUAAAUUGGACACCACCAACUGGUCUCAGGAAAGAUUUGAUGAAAUAACCAAAAAACUUAAAGCUUUCUUGAAACAGGCUGGUUUUAAAGAUUCAGAUGUCACAUUUGUACCUUGUUCGGGCUUGACUGGGGAGAACUUAGUCAAAAAUUCAACAGAGCCCGAAUUAUUGAAAUGGUAUAGUGGACCUAGCUUACUUGAAGUUAUAGACAAAUUUAACGUACCUCAAAGAUUAGUAUCAAAACCUUUACGAAUGUCCAUCAAUGAUGUAUUUAAAGGGACUGGUUCUGGUUUUUGUGUAGCUGGUCGUAUUGAAAAUGGUGUCAUAAAUAAGGGUGAUAAAGUUUUGGUCUGUCCUACAAAAGAAAUGGCAGAGGUUCGUAGUUUGAGUAUAAAUGACUUGGUUAGUAAUGUAGCAUUUGCAGGUGAUCAAGUUAGUGUAACUCUGUCUGGAGUUGAAAUGCAGAAUGUUUCUAUUGGUUACAUAUUAAGCGAUCCAAUUCAACAAGUGCCAGUGACCUCAAGAUUUGAAGCUAGAUUGGUUGUUUUCAAUGUAAAGGUCCCUAUAACAAAAGGCUUUCCAGUUCUAAUUCAUCACCAGUCUUUGGUGGAGUCUGCAAAUAUUAUUAAAAUAAAGGCAUUACUUAAUAAAAGUACAGGAGAAGUAUUAAAAAAAAAGCCAAGGUGUCUCGGUAACAAUUCAGUAGCAGUAGUAGAUAUAGAAGUUUGCCGGCCAAUUUGUAUUGAGCGAUACAAGGAUGUAAAGGAACUUGGGCGUGUAAUGUUACGUGUGGCAGGAGUCACAAUAGCAGCUGGUCUUGUUACAGAUAUCUUUACAACUUGAUUGAUCUGAUAAUACAAUAAUUAAAAUGGCUUCUAAUAACAAUAAUAUUUUGUAGCUAAACUUGUGCCCAUAAUUCAGGUGCUAGGAAUUUUCAAUAGAUACACCUGAAUGUUUUUUGUACAAUAAUGUAUCGUGCUAUACAUAUAGAAUGGUUAUAAUUAUUGCUAAAUAGUAUGUUUAUUUAUAUAAUAACAAUAAAUGUUGAUAUGUA